AUGCCACAUCCCUCAACACCAGAUGAUGUAACGACGUUCAACUACACUCUGGAUUGGCCUUAUCUUGAGAAUCCCAGUAACACCACUUUCGUCGGACACACCCAGAUCGAUAUUUGCCGUUGUCCAAGAUACAAUCUCCUUUCGCAAGACGAAAACGAGCCAGGUCACAUCUACACCCGCUAUAGUUGUGCAGGCCCUGAGCUCCGCUUUAAAACAGGAGAUGAAGGGCUAUGGGUAUUACAAGCACCUCACGGGCCAAUCAAUAUGCUAAGGCCUGCGACAAAAGAGGAGAAGGACCGACGGGAUGAGAUUCACGACGAUGCGGAGCCGAUAGCGUAUGGAAGUCGGAACUUUCUUUUCCUAACAGGCCCUUGCCCGCGCGGACGGUACCAGGCAUAUGCUACACACAAGUGGUUGGAGAGCAUCAGCGUAUCAGCCCGCCAACAUGUCUCAUGUCUAUCCCUUCUAGUCCAGCCCUACGAAGAAGACGCUUCCGACGCUGCGACUAGGAGAGCAUACUCGGAGCUAAGCGGAUACAUCUUGCAACACUUGCCAGGAUUCAAGAUGCUGCACCUCAACAUCUGGGAUGAUGAGAUGAAACUUUACAGUGCGGCGAGCGAGUUCAAUGUCCUUCUACACAGAGAAGAUGUCACUAUUGCCGUUCGAUGCAACCGGUAG